AUGGCUUUAGCUCUAAGGUUCUUCAUACUCUUUGUUUUGACGGUGUGCAUAGUUGCAUCAGUAGAUGCAGCAAUCUCAUGCGGCACAGUAGCAAGUAACUUGGCUCCAUGUAUCAACUACCUAUCGAAAGGUGGGGCAGUACCACCUCCAUGUUGUGCAGGUGUCAAAAAUUUGAACAAUAUGGCUCAAACCACACCGGACCGCCAACAAGCGUGUCAAUGCCUACAAUCCGUUGCGAAAGGAGUUUCUAGUCUCAACCCAAGUCUAGCCUCUGGUCUUCCUGGAAAGUGCGGUGUUAGCAUCCCCUAUCCGAUUUCCAUGAACACUAACUGCAAAAACAUCAAGUGA